GCAAGAGUACUAAGCCCCCGCUUUCCGUGUUUCUUCUUCACACUUGACCUGAGCUGAACACCAGGAAAAUGAGUGUGGAACAGGACGUGAAGGUGGUGGAGUCGUGCAUGGUGACUCCCAGCGAGGAGACGCCUAGGAAAGGCUUGUGGAUUUCCCCGAUCGACCUCACGUGGGCCACCAGGGGCCACACUCCGACGGUGCACCUGUACCUUCCCGGCUCCGGUCCCGUCGAUGGCUUCUUCGACGUGCCCAGGCUCAAGGCGGCAUUGGCCAAGGCUCUGGUCGCCUUCUACCCCCUGGCCGGCCGUCUCGGCAUGGACUCCAAUGGCCGGGCAGAGAUCGAUUGCACUGGCGAGGGCGCGCUCUUUGUUGUCGCUCUCUCAGACCUCACCGUCGAAGACUUCAGCAAGUUGAAGCCGUCGCGGGAGCUAAAGAGGCUCUUCAUUCCCCGCGUCGAGGACUACUCGCCGCCCCUCAUGUGCGGCCUCCAGGUGAACUUCCUCAAGGGCGGCGGAGUGGCCAUUGGGAUGACGCUGCACCACACCUCCGCCGACGCCAUGAGCGCGUUCCACUUCUUGCAGACCUGGGCUGCUUUCUCCAGGGACGCGGCGGCAGCGGCGGCCCUGGAGCUCCCGUGCCACGAACGCACCCUCCUCCGUCCUCGCUCCCCUCCCGUCGUACACCCCGACGCUCUCACCGUGUUCUGCCCGAGGGUAGGCAAAUCCGAGCCGCCGGGAGCCGUUGAGAACGUGAUUUUCGUCCUCUCCAAAGACCAGGUCGACGCUAUCAAGCGUGCUUGCACCGGCAGAGCUGACGGUGGCCGCGUGAGCUCCUUCUGCGCCGUGAGCGCCCACGUGUGGCGGUGCCUGUGUGUUGCCCGACAACUGCCGGCGGACGCGACGACGCGCCUCACCUUCCCCGCCAACAUCCGGCGCAGCCUGAGGCCGCCGCUCCCGGACACGUACUUUGGAAACGGGAUCGUCAUGCUGGGCGCCGUCGCCAAGGUGCAGGACAUUGUCUGCUCCGACGAGCUGGCCUCUGUUGCUGGUCGGAUUAGAGACGUUAUCCGCCGGAUGGACGACGAGCUGGUGCGUUCGGUGAUCGACCACUUGGAGAUGGCCGGCAGCCAGACAUUUAUGCCUUCGGGAAGGAUGCCGGUGACUGAGCUGAAGGUGGUCAGCUGGCGAGGCAUGCCGGUGUACGACGCGGAUUUUGGCUGGGGGAAGCCGGUGGCCAUGCACCGCGCCGUGCAACCGCAUGGCGGGAUCAUCUGCCUCAUAGACGACGACGGCGGCAGCAUGCGCAUCGUCCUGUCUGCCGAGCCUGGAAUUGUCAAGGACUUCGAGCGCCUGCUACAUGCCAAGUUUUAAUCAUCUAUCUUCCCACUUUGUGUGGCGUUUCACUUGUCAUCUUCCGAUUUGUUUGUUUCCCGGCAUUUGCUGUAUUUAUUUCUAAAUUGGGCCUUGGAAUUCAAUGGUUCUAUCUGUUUGCUUGAACUUGACUUGUCUUUCGGCUGCAUGCAAUUGCAGUGCAUCUAUAUGGAAUAAAGGUGUGACAGAUAUAUUUUGUGAAA